GUUUCCGCCGCCAGCUUCAUCCGGCCUGAGCCCAACAUCGUGUGAUCUUUCGGCUACGGGCCUGCGGAACGGUGCCGCCCCGCUGCAGUAGCCAACGCGAGCGCGUCGGGCUGAACCGCAAACUCAAAGUCCAUGAACGUCGCCCUCCCGGGUUACCUUACUCCGACAAGCCGCCUGAGCUUCAUGGAAUAGGUACUGCCGAUUUGAAGCUACGAGAGGGGUACGUGCUUCCCCGCCUAUCCGGUAUGGAGCUUUCCCUAGCUCUGGGGUCCCUCGAGUUGCUCAAAUGCAUCUGGGCUGCCUUUGCCUUCUCUGAUCUCUGUCUCUUCGUCCUAUAUGUCCUGUUCAUAGCUUCAAUUCACUCAAGUCCAUAACGAUCGCUCUUCAGUACACUUAUAAUGUCUUUCUGUCUACCAGCAAGGACGAUCUGGCAAGCAUCACCCAAGCUGGCAGCACUGCCUCGUGUUGCAACCCAAGCGUCACGCUGGACACGCGCCUACGCAACACCAACAGCGGGAGGGAGCAGAACAGCGAUUGUUACAGGAUCGUCGCGUGGAAUCGGCAAAGCUAUUGCCCUGCGACUGGCAAACGACGGCUACGACGUAUGCAUCAACGACAUCGCAGCGAACAAGGCUGGCUGUGAUGAUGUGGUCAAGGAAAUCCAGGGACUCGGCCGCAAGGCCUACGCGCACAUAGCAGACGUGUCGAACCUGCAAGAAGUGCAAGAGUUGGUGAAGGCAUGUGCUUCAGAGCUUGGCCCGCUGAACACCAUGGUUGCGAAUGCGGGCAUUGCGCAGGUCAAGGGGCUACUAGAAUUGACUGAGCGAGAUCUUCACAGGAUGUUCGAAGUCAACGUCUACGGCGUGUUCAACUGCUACAAAGCCGCAGCAGAGCAGAUGAUCUCCCAGGGCUCGGGCGGUAAGCUCCUCGGCGCCGCCUCCAUUGUUGCCUUCAAGCCCUUUGCGCUGCUCUCGCACUACAGCGCCUCCAAGUGGGCCGUGCGAGGCAUGACGCAGGCCUUCGCAAUGGAGAUGGCCGAGCACAAGAUUACGGUCAACGCAUACGCGCCUGGUAUCGUCGGUACCGCGAUGUGGGAUCUCAUCGACGAGAAACUGGGUGAGAAGACUGGAGCUAAGAAGGGCGACACGAUUAAGAAAUAUACAAACGAGCUGAUCGCGCUAGGCAGGACAAGUGUCCCAGAGGAUGUGGCAAGCACGGUGAGCUUUUUGUCGAGCAAGGAUAGCGAUUAUAUGACGGGGCAGACUAUUGUUAUUGAUGGCGGUAUCAUCUUUACCUAAAGGCGAGGUAUAAUGAGGCCAACGAAAUCCAAUUGAGAUGGCCAGAAACUGUUCGUAAAACACAUCGUUAAUCAUGCUACUUGUCUCUGACGCCCUACUGUGUCUAUCAACACAUCGAAAAUUCCACGCAUAU